AUGGCUCGAAAGAAGGUGAAGCUUGAGUGGAUUGUCAAUGAUUCAGCUAGGAGAGCUACAUUUAAGAAGAGAAAGAAGGGUUUGAUGAAGAAGGUAAGUGAAUUGAGCACUUUAUGUGAUGUCAAAGCAUGUUUGAUUGUCUAUGGGCCAAAUGAACCAGAAGCGGAGGUAUGGCCAUCAGUGCCAGAUGCUAUGCGUGUGCUUACAAAGCUAAAGAAAAUGCCCGAGAUGGAGCAAAGCAAAAAAAUGAUGAACCAAGAAGGCUUCAUGCGUCAGAGGAUCAUGAAGCUACAAGAACAACUCAGGAAGCAAGAUAGAGAGAACAGAGAGCUCGAGACAAUCCUAUUGAUGUAUCAAGGCUUGGCAGGGAGGAGCUUACACACCGUGACUAUUGAAGAUAUGACAAGCCUCGCAUGGCUUAUUGAGAUGAAGGUAAAUAAAGUACAAGAGAGGAUAGAGCAUUCAAAAGGAGAGAUCGCAUCAAAGAUGGUGGAGGGGAUGAAAGAGGAGAAGAAGAAAGUCGAAGGGCCAUCAAAUAUCAAAGAAAAAAUAUCUUUGGAGGUUGCCAUGGAGGAACUUCAGAGGCAAGAAUGGUUCACUGAAAUAAUGAAUCCACAUGACCUAAUGAUUUGUGGAAAUGAAGUCGUGCAACCCUACAUAGAUCAUAAUAACCCAUGGUUGGAUGCUUACUUUCCUUGA